AUGAAGACUGAUUUCAAGUUCUCCAACCUGCUCGGUACCGUGUACAGGCGAGGAAACCUCUGCUUCAGCCCAGAUGGCACAUGCCUGCUGUCGCCCGUCGGCAAUCGCGUUACUGUCUUUGAUCUAGUCAAGUGCGCUUUUCUCCUGUACUUGUACAUCCAAGUUUAUAUACUGACUGAAACUCUNAGCAACAAGUCGCAUACCCUCCCAUUCGCUCAUCGUCGCAAUAUCUCCCGUCUGGCCUUAAACCCCAAGGGCAACCUGCUCCUCACAGUCGACGAAGAUGGACAGGCCAUUCUUACCCACCUUCACCGUCGCGUAUCACUCUACCACUUCUCUUUCAAGGGCCCAGUCUCGUCGCUAGUCUUCUCGCCUUCCGGUCAACAUUUCGCCGUCGCUCUUGGCCGUAAGAUCGAAACUUGGAGGACGCCUUCCACUCCCUCAGAUACCCAGGAUGGCUCCCUCGAGUUCGCCNNCCCCUUCGUAAAGCACAGAGAAUAUGCAGGCCACUACGACACAGUACAAAGUAUCGAGUGGUCAAGUGAUUCGCGCUUCUUCCUUACCGCUUCCAAGGAUUUGACAGCGCGCAUCUGGAGUCUGGAUCCCGAAGCUGGCUUCGAGCCCACUACUCUUGGUGGUCACAGACAAGGUGUUCAUGGUGCGUGGUUCUCGGCUGAUCAGGAGACUAUCUGGACUGUUUCAAAAGAUGGAGCUCUCUUCCAGUGGCAAUACUUACCGCCUCGCAAUGCUCCGGAGGAAGAGAUGGACAUUGAGGAGAACUUCCGUUGGAGAAUCGCUGAGAGACAUUACUUCAUGCAAGCCGGUGCCACUCUGACAUGCGCCUCCUUCCAUCCCGAGUCGAAUCUUUUGGUUGCUGGUUUCUCGAACGGUACCUUCGGCCUCUACGAACUUCCCGACUUCAACCAGAUUCAUAACCUCAGCAUCUCCCAAAACGACGUGGAUUUCGUGACAAUCAACAAGACUGGCGAAUGGCUUGCCUUCGGUGCUUCCCAACUCGGUCAGCUUUUGGUGUGGGAGUGGCAGUCAGAAUCGUAUAUCUUGAAGCAGCAAGGACAUUUCGACUCGUUGAACAACCUCACAUAUUCGCCAUCUGGAGAUCGUAUCAUCACAUGUGCUGAUGACGGCAAGAUCAAGGUUUGGGAUGUUGCUUCGGGAUUCUGUAUCGUCACAUUCACCGAACACACAUCUGGCGUCACAGCGUGCGAGUUCGCCAAACGAGGAAAUGUCUUGUUCACAGCUUCUUUGGAUGGCUCAAUUCGCGCUUGGGAUCUGAUAAGGUACCGCAAUUUCCGAACAUUUACUGCUCCUGAACGCCUUUCUUUCUCUUCCAUUGCAGUCGAUCCAUCAGGCGAAGUCGUGGCUGCUGGUUCUCUUGACAGUUUCGAUAUUCACAUCUGGUCCGUCCAGACUGGCCAACUACUGGACAAGCUCUCUGGUCACGAAGGUCCUGUUUCAACAUUAGCUUUCGCUCCUAACGGCGGUGCAUUGGUGUCAGGCUCUUGGGAUCACACUGUUCGCAUCUGGUCAAUCUUCGCACGCACUCAGACUAGCGAACCUCUUCAACUACAAGCAGAUGUUCUCUGCGUCACAGUACGACCAGACUCGAAACAAAUCGCAGUCAGCACGUUAGAUGGCCAGUUAACGUUCUGGUCUUUGUCAGAAGGAACACAAGAAGCUGGAUUCGAUGGUCGUCGUGAUGUUUCCGGUGGACGUAAACUCACAGACCGUCAGACUGCUGCCAAUGCCUCAGGCACAAAGUCUUUCAAUAGCAUCAGCUACUCGGCAGAUGGAAGUGUGGUUGUCGCAUCAGGCAACAGCAAGUACAUUUGUCUUUACGACGUCAUGUCGGGUGUCUUGCUACACAAGUACACUGUCAGCGUCAACCUCUCUCUGGAGGGCACACAAGAGUUCCUCAACUCGAAGAACUUGACCGAGGGUGGUCCAGCAGGCAUGAUCGACACAACAGGCGAAGCAUCAGAUCUCGAAGAUCGCAUGGAUAACUCCCUUCCCGGUGCCAAACGAGGCGAUGCUGCCUCCCGCCGCAUCGGCCCUGAGGUCCGUGUGCCAGGUGUAAACUUCGCACCUACCGGUCGCUCCUUCUGCGCUGCCAGCACCGAGGGCCUGCUCGUCUACUCUCUCGACACAAGUAUUGCCUUUGACCCCUUCGACCUCGACAUUGACAUCACNCCCCAAUCCACCCUGAAGACCCUCGCAAAGAAGCAAUACCUCAAAGCCCUCGUCAUGGCCUUCCGCCUCAACAACCCCAAACUCGUCACUCGCGUCCAACGCUCCGUUCCCGCCGCAGACAUCCCCCUCGUCGUCUCCGACCUGCCUAUCGUCUACCUCCCNCGCCUCCUCCGCCACAUCGCCGUCCAAAGCGACGCAUCCCCCCUCCUAGAACUCAACCUCCUCUGGCUGCAAGCACUGCUCAAAUCCCACGGUGCCACUCUCAANAAGAACCAAGGCGAAUACGCAGAAGUCACUCGUCUUGUCCAACGCGCCGUCUCGCGCAUCCANAAGGAGAUUUUCUCCGUAGCGGAGAAUAAUGAGUUUAUGGUCGAGUAUUUGCUUGCUCAACCUGUGCGUAAGCAACAGGAUGGACUCAAGAUGUUGCAGAGUUUUGAGGAUGGCGCUGUCAAGGAGAUUGAGAUGGCUGACGAUGAUGACGAUGAAGAUGGCGAGGAUGGUUGGAUUGGUCUUGAGGACUAA